UUUGUUAGCUGAUCGCGUAAUCAUGAGGACGACAUCAAUCUUGGCAGCGCUUUGUUGUGUCUUCGGACUGGCUCUUGCGGAGGUCGCGAGAUACGACAACUAUCACGUCUACGACGUAAUUGCGUCUUCCUCCGAGGAUGUCAAGAUUCUGGACGAACUGGAGAGCAGCAGUGACAGUGUGAUUUUCCUCGCGAAACCCUCCAAACUGUCCAGUCAUGCGAAAAUCGUCGUGGCGCCGCACAAGUUGGCAGACUUUGCGGAUCUUCUGGAGCGACAUGGCAUGAAGUCGACGCUGGUGGAGAAGAAUCUGCAGCGCCAGAUCAAUUCUGAGCGCAUUGAGAUGAGCAAGAGCAAGAAAAGCUCGCAGUUUGAUCUGGAUAAUUAUCACAGCCUCAACGAGGUCCACGAUUGGCUGCGCUCGCUGGAGAAGGAGUUCCCUGACGUCGUGACUGUCGUGAGUGCUGGAAAGUCCUACGAAGAUCGCGAAUUGCUUGGCGUGAAAUUGUCUCACAAGGCCGGAAAUCCUGGAGUCUUCAUCGAAGCCGGAAUUCACGCUCGUGAGUGGAUUUCUCCAGCCACUGUUCUCUUCCUGGUCAACGAACUGCUGACCAGUCAGGAUGCUGAUGUGCAGAAGCUGGCUCAGGACUUUGAUUGGUACGUCUUUCCCAGCGUGAAUCCCGAUGGUUAUGUCUACACUCACGAGAAGGCUCGUCUCUGGAGAAAGACCAGAAAGCCCUUCGGCUCAUGCGUUGGUGUCGAUGCCAAUCGCAACUGGGACUUCCACUGGAAUGAGGUCGGAGCCAGCAGUCAACCGUGCGCAGACACUUAUGCCGGACCCGAAGCGGCUUCUGAGCCCGAAGUUCAGGCGCUUGUUAGCUUCUUGGAGAGCGUGAAGGGCAAAGUUCACCUCUAUCUCUCCUUCCACUCCUUCAGCCAGCUCCUCCUGUUCCCCUACGGACACACUGGACAACAUGCCGACAAUUACGAUGACCUCAAGGAUGUCGGCAAUGUGGCCGCCAAGGCUCUGGCCAAGAGAUACGGAACCAAGUACACUGUCGGCGACACCUACACCACCAUCUAUCCCGCCGCAGGAACUUCCAUUGACUGGGCGAAGGGCGUCAUGGAUGUGGCUCUGUCCUAUUGUUACGAACUCAGGCCCAAGAGCCUGUUCGGUGGCGGAUUCGAGCUGCCGGCCAAGGAGAUUAGACCAACAGCUCUGGAGACUCUCGAUUCUCUGGUCGCUCUGCUGAAGAGGGCUGAAGAGCUGAAGUACUUUGAGCGUGAAUGAACUGAAUUGCUGAGAACUUUUGUACCGAAUAGUAAUAAAUAAUUCAUGAGCAAAAUUAGACAAACACUUGGAAAUUAUCCCAGGUUUAGCAUUCUGGAAAUCUAUGUAUAAUUAUGGAAUUGAAGGAUUCAGAGAAAUCCUGUCAAAUUCUAUGAAUUUAAGCCCAUUCGAAGUGGUAGA